AGCUUUGAAAAAAAAGGCCCAAAUCCACUUGAUACGUUAACCAGUGUUACGUUUUGUCCCAGAUUAGGGUAGUAGCAGAAAGAAAGAGUAACCAGGUGGUAGGGUUUCUCAUUCUUUUCAUCCUCUUCGCAGAGCCUCAGUAGCUUUGCAUUAGCAAUGGCGAGAAUCAAGGUGUACGAGCUGAGGAACAAGACAAAAGCAGAGCUUCUGAACCAACUGAAGGAUCUCAAAGCAGAACUCGCUCUCCUCCGCGUCGCCAAGGUCACCGGCGGAGCCCCGAACAAGCUUUCCAAAAUCAAAGUGGUUAGGCUUUCGAUAGCGCAGGUGCUGACGGUGAUUUCCCAGAAGCAAAAAGCAGCGCUGAGAGAGGCUUACAAGAAGAAGAAAUACCUUCCUUUGGAUCUGCGUCCCAAGAAGACCAGAGCCAUCCGAAGGCGCUUAACUAAGCACCAGGCUUCAUUGAAGACAGAGCGUGAGAAGAAGAAGGAAUUGUAUUUUCCACUGCGAAAAUAUGCAAUUAAAGUGUAAUGUUAGAUCCCAAUACGGAUGAUAAUUUUGGCGUUUGUUAGUUGACACAGUUUUGAUGCCGUUUUGUCCUAGUUUUCUUUUAAUCAUCAUGAAACUUUUAUUAAAUGUUAACUGGUUUUACUCUCGCCUUUGUUUUUUCGUCAUAUAUGAAAAUUUUCAAUUUUUGCAUGCA